AUGGCCGCAGAAGGGUGCCCCUUGAAGCAUGCCAACGUCGGCGGCGGCGGCACGCGCAACCGCGACUGGUGGCCCGACCAGCUGCAGACCAGCAUCCUCCGCCAGCAGACGCCCGUCACCAACCCGUUCGGCGACAAGUUGGACUACGCCGCCGAGUUCAAGAAGGUCGACUACAACGCCCUCAAGAAGGACCUCAACGACCUCAUGACCGACUCGCAGGACUGGUGGCCCGCCGACUUUGGCCACUACGGCGGCCUCUUCAUCCGCAUGGCCUGGCACAGCGCCGGCACCUACCGCGUGUUUGACGGGCGGGGCGGCGGCGGCCAGGGCCAGCAGCGGUUCGCGCCCCUCAACAGCUGGCCCGACAACGUCUCGCUCGACAAGGCCCGCCGCCUGCUGUGGCCCAUCAAGCAAAAGUACGGCAACAAGAUCUCCUGGGCCGACCUGUACCUGCUCACCGGCAACGUCGCCCUCGAGUCCAUGGGCUUCAAGACGUUCGGAUUCGCCGGCGGUCGUCCCGACACCUACGAGGCGGACGAGUCGGUGUACUGGGGUGGCGAGACCACAUGGCUGGGUAACGAUGUCCGCUACUCGGACGGCAAGGUAGGUCUCGCCGAGUCCGGUGUCGUUGAUGGGGACCAAAGUAAACACGAGCACAAGGACAUCCACUCCCGCGACCUGGAGAAGCCGAUCGGCGCCUCGCACAUGGGCCUGAUCUACGUCAACCCCGAGGGCCCAGAUGGCGUGCCCGACCCGGUCGCCGCCGCCCGAGACAUCCGCACCACCUUCGGCCGCAUGGCCAUGAACGACGAAGAGACCGUGGCCUUGAUCGCGGGCGGACACUCCUUCGGCAAGACCCACGGUGCCGCGCCCUCCGACCACAUCGGUAAGGAGCCCAACGCGGCCGGCAUCGAGCAGCAGGGGCUCGGCUGGAAGAACAACUACAACUCGGGCAAGGGCCCAGACACCAUCACCUCCGGCCUCGAGGUCAUCUGGACCAAGACCCCCACCAAGUGGAGCAACAACUACCUCGAGUACCUCUACAAAUACGAGUGGGAGCUCACCAAGUCGCCCGCCGGCGCCAACCAGUGGGUGGCCAAGACCGACGACACCAUCAUUCCAGAUGCAUACGACCCCAACAAGAAGCAUCGCCCGACGAUGUUGACCACCGACUUGUCGCUCCGCUUCGACCCCACCUACGACAAGAUCUCCCGCCGCUUCCUCGAGAACCCAGACCAGCUCGCCGACGCCUUCGCGCGUGCCUGGUUCAAGCUGCUCCACCGUGACAUGGGCCCACGCUCGCGCUGGCUCGGUCCCGAAAUCCCCAACGAGAAGCUCGUCUGGGAAGACCCCAUCCCACCGGUCAACCACCCACUGGUCGACAGCAACGAUGUGGCCUCCCUCAAGAAGACCAUCCUCGGCGCCGGCAUCAACCCAUCCACCCUCAUCAAGACCACCUGGGCUUCGGCCUCCACCCACCGUGUCACCGACAAGCGUGGUGGUGCCAACGGUGCUCGCAUCCGCCUGUCGCCACAGAAGGACUGGAAGGUCAACAACCCAUCCGAGCUUAGCAAGGUCCUCAGCACGCUCGAGAAGGUGCAGUCCGACUUCAACAACUCUGCCAGCGGCGGCAAGAAGGUCUCGCUCGCCGAUGUCAUCGUCCUCGCCGGUUCUGCCGCCCUCGAGCAGGCAUCCGGCCAGACCGUGCCAUUCACCCCAGGCCGCAUGGACGCUGACGAGGCCAACACCGACCAGGAGCAGAUGUCAUACCUCGAGCCUGUCAACGACGGCUUCCGCAACUACGGCAAGGGCACUUCGCGUGUGAGGACUGAGCAGUUCCUCGUCGACCGCGCCCAGCUCCUCGGCCUCUCCGCACCAGAGUUGACCGUCCUCGUUGGCGGUCUCCGCACUCUCAACACCAACUGGGACAACUCCUCGCACGGUGUCCUCACCCAGAACCCCGGCAAGCUCAGCAACGACUUCUUCGUCAACCUCCUCGACACCAGCAUCCAGUGGACGCCAUCCGGCUCUGAUUCCGAGCUCUACGAGGGCGUCGACCGCAAGAGCGGCCAGAAGAAGUUCACCGCCACUCGUAAUGACUUGGUUUUCGGCUCCCACGCCGAGCUGCGCGCCAUCUCCGAGGUCUACGCGAGCGCCGACAACAAGGACAAGUUGGUCAAGGACUUCAUCGCCGCGUGGACCAAGGUCGUCAACGCCGACCGAUACGAGCUGGCUCCGUCUGCGAACGAGACGUUCAACCUCUCCGCUCGUCUGUAG